AUGAUUAGAUUAAAAAAUUUUAAUAAUAUAAAUAAUAUUCGUAGUUUUUGUACACAGUCUAUAAAUAAACCAUUAGUAAAUCUAAAAACAUCGAUUGAAGAAAUUAAUUUCGAUGAAAAAAGAAAAGUAACAGUUUUUAGUGGUAUGCAACCAACAAGUGCAGCAUUACAUUUAGGAAAUUAUUUAGGUGCAAUGGAUAAUUGGUUAAAGAUUCAAGACUUAAUUGCAAAGCAUAAUGAGGUUUCACCAGGCCAUAAAUUAAUUUUUUCAAUUGUAGAUUUACACUCCUUGACAGCAACUAAAACUUUAUCACCAAAAGAACUACAUUCAAAUACAUUAUCUGUUGCCAUUAAUUAUUUAGCAUCUGGAAUUGACCCACAAAAAGUUAUAUUGUUUAAUCAAUCUAUGGUAGCAGCACAUUCAGAAUUAACAUGGAUAUUUAAUUGUAUUGCAUCAUUUUCAAAAUUAUCAACAAUGGUCCAAUUUAAAGAAAAAAGUAAAUCAAAUAGUCAAUCAAUUUCAAAUGGAUUAUUAUCAUAUCCAGUUUUAAUGGCAGCAGAUAUUUUAUUAUAUAGGGCAACUCAUGUUCCAGUUGGUGAUGAUCAAACACAACAUAUCGAAUUCACUAGAGAAAUUGUAAAUUCUUUUCAUCAUACUUAUAAAAAGAAAUAUUUCCCAUUACCAACAAUUAUUAGUUCAGAAACAUCAAAGAGAAUUAUGAGUUUACAAGAUGGUAGAGUUAAAAUGAGUAAGUCAGACCCAUCGGAUUUAUCAAGAAUAUCUUUAACUGACACAGACGAAAUGAUCCAAAUGAAAAUUAAAAAAUCAAAAACAGAUUCAAUAAUAGGUAUUUCUUAUGAUAUUCAAAAUAGACCAGAUAUUUCAAAUCUUUUAUCAAUUGCCUCAGUAACUUCAGGAGUUUCAAUUGCAGAUUUAGAAAAAGAAUUUAAAGAUAAACAAAACUCCCAUUUCAAAGAUUUUGUAUCACAAUCAAUUAUAAGUAAAGUUAAACCAAUAAGAGAAAAAAUAAAUUAUUAUCAAGCAAAUGAAAAAAUUGUAAGGGAUAUUUUAUUAGAAGGUAGUGAUAAAGCAAAUCAAAUUGCAAUAAAUAAUUUAAAACAAAUUAAAGAUAUAAUUGGUUUAUAUCAUUAA